ACCUCAGACUCUUGGGCUCAAGUGAUUCUCUUGUCGAGUAGCUGGGACUAUAGGCGCCCACCACAACGCCCAGCUAUCGGGGUCUCGCGCUGGCUCAGGCUGGUCUCAAACCUGUGAACUCAGGCAAUCUACCUGCCUUGGCCUCCCAAAGUGCUAGGAUUAUAGGCAUGAGCCACCACACCCAGCCCCUCAGUCUGAGGAUGUUAACCAAUAUAACCAGUGCUUGUUAUAGUCUCUCUUCAGAUUUUCUUGUUUGUUCUCAAAAUGCCUCUUACAGGGUUUUUUCCUCUUCCCCAGUCUGCCAUCCUGUGUAGACAGAGCUUUCUCCCAGGCAGAGCCAACCCACUUGGAGGCAGGCGUCUGGGGUGCUGGAAGAGAUCCUCAGUUCCAGGAACCUACAGGCCCAUGAUGGGUGGCUAGCUUCUGGUGACCCAGGGACUUCUGCUGGCCACAGUGCAGGCUGUGAGAACCUGAGAGCCCACCUGCCAGGUCUUGGGUCCUGAGGCUGCUGGCGGACUAUGGGUACAACAGCCAGUACAGCCCAGCAGACAGUCUCGGCGGGCAGCCCCUUCGAGGGCCUCCAGGGCAGCGGCACGAUGGACAGUCGGCAAUCACUCAGCGUCCACUCCUUUCAGACCACGAGCUUGCACAACAGCAAGGCCAAGUCCAUCAUCCCCAACAAGGUGGCCCCUGUUGUGAUCACGUACAAUUGCAAGGAGGAGUUCCAAAUCCAUGAUGAGCUGCUCAAGGCCCAUUACACGCUGGGCCGGCUCUCGGACAUCACCCCUGAGCACUACCUGGUACAGGGCCGCUACUUCCUGGUACGGGAUGUUACUGAGAAGAUGGAUGUGCUGGGCACUGUGGGGAGCUGUGGGGCUCCCAACUUCCGGCAGGCGCAGGGCGGGCUUGCUGUGUUUGGCAUGGGACAACCCAGCCUCUUGGGGUUCAGGAAGGUCCUCCAGAAACUCCAGAAAGAUGGGCAUAAGGAGUGCAUCGUCUUCUGUGUGCGGGGGGAGCCCGUGCUGUUCCUGCGUGCCAAUGAGGACUUUGUGUCCUACACACCCCGAGAUAAGCAGAGCCUUCAUGAGAACCUGCGGGGUCUCGGACCUGGGGUGCAGGCAGAGAGUUUGGAGCUGGCCAUCCGGAAGGAGAUUCACGACUUUGCCCAGCUGAGUGAGAACACCUACCAUGUGUACCACAACACCGAGCACCUGCGUGGGGAGCCCCGUGCCGUGCCCAUCCGGGGUGAGGAUGAUGUGCAUGUGACUGAGGAGGUGUUCAGGCGGCCUCUCUUCCUGCAACCCACCUACAGGUACCACCGCCUGCCCCUGCCGGAGCAGGGGGCACCUCUGGAAGCCCAGUUUGAUGCCUUUAUCAGUGUCCUCCGGGAAACCCCCAGCCUGCUGCCACUCCGUGUUGCCCACGGGCCUCCCCCUGCCCUCCUCUUCAGCGGCCAGGCAGGUGUGGGCAGGACCCACCUGGGCAUGGUCCUGGGCACCCUUAUCCUGCUUCACUGUAACGGGACCACUUCACAGCCAGAGGUGGCCCCCCCACAGACCAAGCCACUGCCCAUGCAGCAGUUCCAGGUGAUCCAGAGCUUUCUCCGCACGGUGCCCCAAGGAAGGAAGCUGGUGGAGGAGGUGGACAGAGCCAUCACUGCCUGUGCAGAGCUGUACAACCUGAAAGAAGUGGUUUUAGAGAAUCAGAGGAAGCUGGAAGGCACCCAGCUGGGGCGCCUGGCCCAGGGAAACGGCAGCCAGCACAGUGUCCGGCAGAGGGCACUGCAGAGCCUGGAGCGGUACUUCUACCUGAUCCUAUUUAACUACUAUCUCCAUGAGCAGUACCCGCUGGCCUUUGCCCUCAGUUUCAGCCGUUGGCUGUGUGUCCACCCGGAGCUGUACCGCCUGCCUGUGAUGCUGAGCUCGGCAGGCCCCAUGGCCCCAGGGGACCUUCUUGCCAAGGGCUCCCUGGGGAUGGACGAUCUCACCUCCCGGGACGCACUUAGCACUGUCAGAGAGAUGGACGUGGCCAACUUCCGGCGGGUCCCCCGCAUGCCCAUCUUUGGCACAGCCCAGCCCAGCACCAAGGCCCUGGGGAGCAUCCUGGCCUAUCUGACAGAUGCCAAGAGGAAGCUGCGGCAGGUUGUCUGGGUCAACCUGAGGGAAGAGGCUGUCUUGGAGUGUGAUGGGCAUACCCACAGCCUGCGGUGGCCUGGGCCCCCUAUGGCCCCCGACCAGCUGGAGACCCUGGAGACCCAGCUAAAGGCCCACCUGACUGUGCCUCCCCCAAGCACAGAGAGCCCACUGAUCCCCAGGUUCCAGAGGUGCCUCACCACGCAAGAGGUCUUCAGUCAGCACCAUGGGGACUAUCCUGGCCUCACCUAUCACCGCAUCCCUGUGCCAGACUUCUGCGCUCCCCGCGAGGAGGCACCCACAGACGCAGACCUUGGUGCCCUCUCCCAGGACUUUGACCGGCUGCUGGAGGUGCUGCGGGUUGCCCUUGCCAAGGACCAAGGCACCGGCUUCGUGUUCAGCUGCCUCAGUGGCCAGGGCCGGACCACAACCGCCAUGGUGGUGGCAGUGCUGGUCUUCUGGCACGUGCGAGGCUUCCCCGAGGUGGGCGAGGAAGAGCUCGUGAGUGUGCCUGAUGCCAAAUUCACUAAAGGCGAGUUUCAGGUGGUAAUGAAGAUGGUGCAGUUGCUGCCCGACGGGCACCGUGUGAAGAAGGAGGUGGAUGCGGCGCUGGACACAGUCAGCGAGACCAUGACGCCCAUGCACUACCACCUGCGGGAGAUCAUCAUCUGCGCCUACCGCCAGGCCAAGGCAGCCAAAGAGGAGCAGGAAAUGCGGCGGCUGCAGCUGCGGAGCCUGCAGUACCUGGAGCGCUACACCUACCUGAUCCUCGUCAACGCUUACCUCCACCUGGAGCGGGCUGGCUCCUGGCAGGUGCCCUUCAGUGCCUGGAUGCGGGAGGUGGCAUCGAAAGCUGGUGUCUAUGAGCUUCUCAAUCAGCUGGGCUUCCCUGAGCUGGAGAGCGUGGAAGACCAGCCCUUCUCGAGGCUGCGCUGCAGGUGGCAGGAGCAGAGCCAAUGCCCUGAGCCCUCUGCCUCCGGAGACUUGCUGUAGGGGCCUCUCCCUGGCCCCUCCCGAGGGACCUGUGCAGGCUGGGAGUGUCAGAGGUGCUUUUUAGUGGGAGGGGCCCUGGGGCAUGCUGGCCUUGAGGAAACCAUUCCCCUACUUCCUAGAGAGACUGGGGUGGGGCUGGGAGCCUUUUUGGAAAGAGCUUUUUAUAGGACAUUGAGACAGCACAGUCAUACCCUGAAACCACAGAAGCAUGUGGAUGCCUCCAGGGAGGCCCCAGCGUGCACCUUACAGACAGGCUGGCAUUUAGCCUCCGAGGAGCUCACUGCCCAGUUGCCAAACAGAGCUCCUCACCUCUUCUGUCCCCUUAACCUUUCCUCAUUGGCCUGGCAGCCCCUGGCUUUUGGAGCCAGCCUGGCCACUGUUGGAUGCAUGCCCUGCCCCCAUCGCCUCUCCCCUCCAUCGCCUUCCCCCUUCCUACUGGUGGAGCACUGCCCUCAGGCCCCUGCCUGCCUGGACUAGGUGGGAGCAGUGCUCUGGGUGAAUUUAUUACUUUAAAGGACAAAUCUGUGUGGCUUUGUACGUCUGGGCAAGGCCCUUGUCUCUUCUUCCUUUCCUUUCCCCUUGCCCUGUAGCUGGCAGGAUGAUGGCGGUUUCCCAAGUAGCUGGAACUAUCUGGUUUCCCAAGUAGCUGGAGUUUCUCUUGGGGAGAAGAGGGUUUCUAGAAGGCAAGCGCAGCACAGUGGAAGAGAGCUGUUCUCUGCCCGGGAAUCUGGGUGGAAGGUACUAAGGGGGCCCAAGCCUGGGGGUGCAGGUCCCUCUGCUCCCCCACCCCAGCCUCAGCAGCCCAGCUCAGAUCCCCCAAAGAGUGCCGGAUCAAGGGCAGUUGCUGCAUUGCCUCAUAGACAAUGGAGUGUGCAAGAGUGGGCCAAGAUUGGUGUGAGGGGGUCACCUGGAUUCAGGCCAUCCUUGGUGAGGGUCUUUGAGCCACCUCUCAGUGGAUGCAGAAAGGGUCAGACUGCUGAGCUAGAGAUGUUGGCAUCCACACUGUCCACACAGUGGGAAGGCUGCUCAGAGAGGUAGCAGAGAAGUGCUGCCUUUGAGUUGAGCCUUGCAGCUCUUCCAGCUGGGAGAACAGUGAGGAGACUUUUCCCCUUUGCCUGGCUCGUUGUGGCCAGGGGAGCCUCUCCCUGUUUGAGCACAUGCACUUCUGCAGAAAACAAUGGAUAUGGUCACUGGUCAUGAUAUUUGAAAAAGGGGAAAAGAGGUCAGAGUUAUUCACAUCUGCCCAGUAUUGGCUGAAUUCUUUUGCAGAACUACUGUAUGUCUGUUCACUACAUUUUUCAGGUUUGUUAUUGUUUUUACUUUUAUUUUUGCAUGUAUUAAAAGUUUUAAUUUUUUUGCAGACAAGGUCUAGAUGGGGAGUCAGAGGUCAGGGCUGAACUGGGAGGGAUCCUUUGUGUUCUCAUGGUUAGCCCUGACAUUCAGCUGUGCUGGGACCACUGGCUGAUCACCUCACCUCGCUGCCUCAGUUUCCCCAUCUGUAAAAUGGGAGAUAAUAAUUGCCUACCUACCUCACAGGGGUGUUGUGAGGAUUCAUUUGUGUGUGUGUGUGUUGUUUUUUUUGUACAGAGCUAUUAAGCAUUAAAAACAGCUAAAUGU